UAGGCCGUAUAACUAGUGCUAUAUAUAUAUAUAUAUAUAUAUAUCUUUAUAUAUAUCUAGAUAUUAUUCUGAUCCUCAGGCAUGGCUGCAGCCGGAGAAGCCGAGCUGGUGGUGGCGCCGGUGGCGGAUGAGCAACCGGAGAAAAAGCUAAGGACUUCAAAGGCUCCUAAAGAUAAGAAGCCGGUGGAAGCAGCCAAGCCAGCAUCUCCUAAUCACCCACCCUACUAUCAGAUGAUCAAAGAGGCCAUCUUGGCGCUCCAUGGGAAGGAAGGGUCAAGUUCUUAUGCAAUAGCAAAAUAUAUGGAAGAGAAGCACAAAGAAGAGCUGCCUGGGAACUUCAAGAAGAUGCUGGCUGUUCAGUUGAGGAGUUUUGCAGCCAAAGGAAAGCUAUUGAAGGUUAAGGCUUCCUUCAAGUUGCCUGAGUCUGAGAAGAAGGAUAAUAAAGAUGAUCAUGAGGAAGAGAUGAAGGUGGCUGAUCAACCUAAGAAGGAGAUGAAGAAGAAGGCUGUUGUUUCUUUGAAGAGUGAGAUAAAUAAGAUGGUUGGUGUGAGAAAAACUAGGAAAGCUGCUCUUGUGAAGGCUAAGCAACCCAAGUCUAUUAAAAAAGGUUAAUCAGAAGGUUGCUGGUGUUGCUGCUUUCUCAGUUUUUUUUUUAUAUAGUAUAUAUGAAAGCUUGUGUGGGUUUCUGGCUAUGUUUAUAGUAAAAUACUUACUUUAUCUAAUGAAGUAUGAGAUGCAGAGCAUAUUUGAUGGUGUUUAAAUCA